GAUGUUGUACUAGGUUGGUGGUGGUGAGAACCGGCAGAAAUUAAAAUAUAACUUUUUAAUCAACAUGGCCCAUGAUACAGAAAAUGGCAUAAAAUUACCAGAGCCGAGCUGUGAAACAGAAAGGGCUUCUAAGCGGUCGGAGGCGCGCGCGCGGCGCCGGCUGUUGCUGAGCGAGCUGUGCGUGGACUUCUCCGCCAACACCACGCUGCACGGCCUCAAGUACGUCAACGAGAAAAGCACGCUGGAAAAGAUAUUCUGGUUGGUGACGAUCGCGGUGAGCGUGGCGUGCUGCUCGUACCUGAUCCGGAACGUGUUCGCCAAGUGGUGGGACAGCCCCGUCAUCGUGGCCUUCAACAAGGAGAUGGUGCACGUGGGCUCGGUACCAUUUCCAUCGAUAACUAUUUGCCCGAACUGGUCAAUAUUGAAAGAGCAGUAUAACUACACUGACGUAGCUAUUAAAUUCUCUAACCCAAACAGCAAAUCAAAUAUGAGCACAACAAAAAGAGAGGAAUUUGAAGAUAUAUCCAUGAUAUGUGAUACAACGUACUUUACGCUAGACUUUAGCAUACGCAAGGGCAAUGCUACUGUUGUUCAGAAUAUUAUUAAAGUAAGCUUAUAA